CAUAUGUCUGCUUGUCAAAUUUAUUCCUUCCACCGAAUUUCUGCUACAUGCUCCAUUCGUUCAUUGCUUUAUUAGAUCAUAAUGUUAUUGAAAUUUUCGUCAUGUUCGUAAGGAAAAUAUUAGGUUAAUUUAAAUACUGACUGAAACUAAAACGUGAUUCUUCAGAUCGAUAACAUUUUGGUCUUUCAGUUCAUGGUCCGAAUUUUGACAAUGAAAAAGUUCAUUGAACCUUGAACUGGCUCCUGUGUGUCAAAGUUCAUGAAAACCAAGAUGGCGACUUACAUGAAGAGGCUGCGCUGUCGUUUCUCAGUUGUCUUUUUGAUGAAUUUGUCAUAUAUCUGUCUGAUCAUUGAAAUAGGCCUAGUAAGCUCUGAAGAACAUGAUAAAAGUGGAGAAAUUUCAGUAGAUGGGGGCAUUGAGGUUUUACCUUCAGAGAAUCCCGUCCAAGGAACAGAAAGAGUUGACAGUGUUCUCCCACAUUUUGAGACAUCAGACGAACUAGAAAACGAGAAGUUGUAUGACAGAAUUUUGAAACAGACACUAGAACAAAUAGAAGCACAUCAUGGAGAGAAGAAAGCUGAAAUAAAUCUGCAAACGCAAGAGGCAGAUGUCACAAAACAGGAGGCUCCAACUUUAUCCGCUCAGGACUCAUCCGUUCCUGUUGAUUACAUCCAAAUCUUGGCAUCCUACAUGACACCUGAGGUAUUCCAACAGUUCAUGAAAAGUCUGAACAAGACACUUGACACCCGCAUCCAGUACACCCAUCCCGAUUUUACCUAUGCAAACGCGACUGAGAACGACGAGGCCCAGCGUCGAAAAGUAAAAUACCCCUGCAUGCAAAGACCGGCUGGAAACAGAACAGCACAGGUCAAAAUUGUCAACAACACUGAACUGAUGGAGUUGGUGAGUGCUGUAUACAGUGCGCCGGGCCAGGAGAACUCCUCCAGCGCCCUUGGAGGUUAUUGCGCAUUUGUGAUGUUUUACGCCCCCUGGUGCAAGUUUUCUGCCAAAGCGGCGCCAGCUUUCAAUGCCAUUGGGAGAGCCUUUCCAGAUCUGGAGGUGCUGGCCGUCGAUGCUUUUCAGUAUAACAGUUUGAACACCCGUUACGGCAUUGUUGCCGUGCCAAAUGUGUUGCUCUUCCAUAACAACAAGCCAGUCAUGAGGUUUAACUACUCGCAGAGAACCUUCGAGGUUUUCAGCCAGUUCAUCCAGAAUUUUACAGGUCUGGAACCCAACACCUCCAUACAAGUUUCUGAAGUAGACACGCUAGGGCCGCUCCCCAGUGUCGCGACGGAGGAAACGGACUACGCCCUCUGGCUGUCCUGGCUGUUGCUCAUCAGCGUAGCGGUCUGGUUCCUAGAGCAGCGACUGGGCAGUGCCAUCAAGGAUCGGGUGCGGACGUUUGUCGUUUACGCCCGUCAGGUCUGGCGGACGGGAGAACUGUACGACCAGGUCGGAGUCUUGGUCCAUGAGCAUCAUGACUAGGUAGAACUGCCCUGCUGAUCUAAUGGACUCCGUGUUGGAGUUGCACUACUCAUGAGAGCCAGUGAAGGAUUGAUUGUGGCCGCGCGUCAGUUUUCAACUGUGAUUUUCACAGUUGUGGGAGUACCUAGGCACAGAGUCUAUCUGUUGGUGCACUUGGGCUGUGCCCGACCGCUGAUGUCAGGAACCGAUUCCAGAUUAUGAGAUCGAGUUCCCAUAACCAACUUUACAAAUAAUUUAGUAACUUCUCAGACAAUGAAAAAGAAAGGUUUUGAAUGUCAUGUCGGAUGAUAAGGCCUGAUUGCUUUUUAAAAUAAAAAACAGGUGUAUAUGACAUCAGAUGCCUUUGACACUUUGUAAAACUGUUCACAGUGCUUACUUUAUUCAAACUACACACCGUCACGCUUUGCAAGACUUUCAAACUUCAAGGCACUCAUUUUUAUACAUCAAAAUUGUGGGGGAAAAAAUAAUCUUAUCAAAUUCUCAUUUUUCACAAAUUGAGCUUCAAACAUUUAAAAUAAACAUUUGAUUAUUUGUAAUUGUGCUGAAGUAAACAAAAUUCAUUUUCAAGAACAUUUGGAAAUGUUUCAAUGUUAAGUAUUUAUUAUGUACAGCAAAUAACAACAUUCUAUUGCAAACGAUGACCUUUUGUUCUGCCCAUGUAUGUUCCCCACAAACAAAAAAUGUACACAUAGUUUAAGUAUGCAAACACAUGUUUUUUUUUGCAGCAGAAAUUUAAGCUUUGCAGAUGUGAUUUUCAGGUUUAAGUAAUUUGAUCAACAGUGAUCGAAAUCUUGUCAGUUUAUAUUUAAGUUAAAUUCCACCACUCACAAUCCAAAAACAAAUUUUGUAACCAAAAAAAGCCACUCCAUUGUGCCACUGUCAGAUUUCUAUACAGUAAUAUACAUGAAGGUUAUGUUGAUUUUGUUUCUGUGCAAUGCUGUUUUUGAAGUAAUAAAUUACAAUAUCGUAAUUAAUCCUUGAAA